GCUUUUGGGACAGCAGUCGACGGCGACCUAGCUUUCCAAUCGCUACGGCAUCGUUUCGUUCGUUCGUUCGUUCGUUCGUUUGUUCGUUCGUUCGUUGCUUGGUUGGUUGGUUUGGUUUGGUUGAUUGGUUGGUUGGUUUAGUUCGUUGCCGCGUUCAAGUGAUUGAGAAUUAGUCGACUUUAAUUCAGUUUUCAGUAUCACGCGUUUAUGAAUAGAGAUUUGAUUUAUUUUUUUUAUCCAACGAAGUAUAACAAUGUAAAAUAGUGAUGUAAGAGAUAUAUGUAAGUAUAGUGAAUAAUAAGAAGAAAGUGAACGAGUCUCUAACGUGAUUGGACUAGGUUAAUAACUGUCGAAUUUAUGGAGAAUUAUCAGCACGUUCUGUCGAGUAAACGACCGAGAUGGGGGCCCCGAGUCCGAACGAGACACUUCCGGUGUUUUGCGUGCUCGUUGAUGAUAACACGAUGGUGGUGCAUCAACUGGUUAAACUAUCCUAGGACAGUUAAUGGUGGAGGAAGGCAAAUGAAGGUGCAAGAAGAAGGAGAACCGCAGGUGGAUUGACAAUCUCACCGGCAGCGGUCGCUCUAUCGAACGAUGACAACAACUAUGCUUUCGAGGAAUUGGGGCUGGGGGUUGUUCGUUCUUGUUUUUCUCGUUCUUGCCACCCCCAGUCCCGCUGCCAUUCGCAGAGCGGAUCGUGGCCACUGCAACAAGACCGUGGACAUCUACGAGGAUGUUUCUAGUCCUGCAGUGACCGCUGCCAACAUGGGAAAACCACUUUACUGUUGGUACCGUUUUCGUGCUUUUCGUGGUACACCUAGAGAUUGGAUUCUUCGUGUACGUUUCAAAAAAUUCAAAGUUGGCGUAUUGGAAAAUGCUACAACUUGUUCCGGUGGUUAUCUGCAGAUCAUAGAUGGCAACACGAAAACCGAGGUGAGCAAUCGUAAAGACCCGGGUGUCUAUUGUGGCGAAUCCGAACAACCGCAAACGUUCAUUUCCGAGACGAGUUUCGUACGAGUGAUCUUCCACGCAGAGAACUUCACGGACCAAACUUACUUCAGUUUCGACUCGCGGGCAGAGCAGCAGCUCGACGUUUACCUGAGGUACGGCCAGCAUCCAGAACUUUAUCCAAACAGAAGGGGCGAGAUCGUGCCUGGGAGUUACUGCGAGAGGGUUUUUAAGGACUGCAGAUUGCAAACGUGCUACGUACAGAGCCCGGCCUUUCCGGGUAUUUAUCCACGAGCUUUGCAUUGUAAAUACAAGCUUAAUACACGCUUGCCAUUUAUAAAGCUCUACAUAGAAAACGAGGAGUUCAAUAUCGACGGGCAACGAUGCGAGAAUAUAAUGACCUGCCCGAUGAGACCGAUAAGCUCCGGCUCGGAACAUUGUCCCUACGAUUAUAUACGUGUCUUUGAUGGGAAGGAUGAAAAUAGCCCGGUGAUCGGUACAUUCUGCGGUAUGGGGAAAUUUCCCUAUAGUAUAAUUGGAACCAGUGAGGAUCUCUAUGUCGAAUUUGUUUCAUCACCAGCCGGUCCCCUACUCAACACGGGUUUUCACUUCAAUGUUGGCAAUUGGCCUGGUCACGUCGAGACGGCGGGCGUAAAAAACGGUAGUUGCGACUGGCUACUCAACAGCGAGUCCCUUGAACGCGGUAACGAAGGUAUUUUUCUGUCCGUCGCCCACUGGUAUCCACCUCAUACGAGUUGUACCUAUUUGCUCAGAGGUCGCCCUGGCGAAAUUGCCCGACUUUAUUUUCCAAGUUUCCGUGUUAAUCGAAUCGAAUCACCCAUCAAGCCUUACGACGGUGACUGCGGCGAGAGCCUUACUCUCUACGAUGCGGAUUGGCCAGACGAUGCUAGAAUAAUCAAGACCUUUUGUGAUACCUUCAGCAAACCCAUGGAGAAGCACGAUUUUGUCUCAACCUCCAACGCUUUAUUCGUUAGAUUUGAAAGUAAAACCGGCAGUUAUUCUGGUAGUUCCCUUUAUUAUUGGGCACAUUACGAUUUCUUUAAUGCUACGAGAUUUGGAGAGCCUGUACCUGGCACAGAAUGCGACGAAAAGUUUACUUCUUGGAGAGAUCGUGCUGGACGUUUGAGAUCACCCCUGAAUACGUUGAUUUAUAAACGACCUGGAAACCCACCGGUGGAUCUUUCCUGCACGUAUACAUUUCUCACGGACAAAAGACUUUUCGCUCGAGUGAUUCUAACGAUCGAAUCGGUAUCGUUCAAGGAACGUUCCACGGGUCACUGUGGUCACUGUUGGGAGAGUCGAGUCGAUAGAUUGAUCGUACGAGAACCUGGACCGGAUGGUGUUAAAGGUACUUGUAUAUGUCGUCGUGACGAGGAGGAUGGUACACCGAUAUCACCUAUCAGAAUAGUAUCCCGUGGCGAGAAACUAGAACUAAAGUUUCUAAUAGACGGUGUUCGAGCUGCAGCGAAUUACUUCAAACAACCGUCGCCGAUUUUCGAAGCCAAUUACGAAUUCGCUCACAGUCCACUCUGUGGUCCUGCCAUAUUACCUGCUACCACCGACGGCGAGAUCGAAUUUCCUCAUUACGAGGUACUAGGAUUCGUUGCACCACCGAGAUCGAUCAAGUGUAUUUGGGAGUUAAGAGUCAAUUUGGAUCGAGACUUGUGGCUACAUUUUGACAAAAUAAAAUUUGCCUCUCGUUCGUGCGAGGAUGGCAAACUCGAGAUCUUUCUUCCCGGAUCGAGCGAUCCCUAUCUUGGGAUUUGCGGGGAGAACGUAAGCUAUGUUAGAGAAAUGCCGAUAAUUUCGGCUAGUCAAAUUUUACCAAUUGAUCACGACGACACGGAAUAUUCAAACAUAAUUAUUCAAUUUACCGGAUCAAUGGCUCCUGCAAGAGUAGCCUUUAAAAUCGCUUGGACCGAACUUUAUCAUUUGCCAAGGGACAGCUCGGGUGGACUGAAUACGCAAAAACUCGACGAGGAAUGUGGCUUCCGUUGUCCAGGUGAUGCCGGUUGCAUACCCACGAGAUUGGUAUGUAACGGUGUUGUCAAUUGUCCCAGUAUUAGUUCGAGUAUCAUAAUCCCGUACAGUAACAACAGUCAUCCUGAACCUAACGACGAGUCUCUCGAAAGCUGUGCUGGUCCCCUUGGAUCGAACGGUGGAAGUGUCGUUGGUCCUGCUGGUUGGGCUGGUGCCGGACUUGGUGCUGGCUUAACUAUACUACUUGCAGUUUCUUGCCUCAUCGUGGUGUGUCGUAUUUGUAAACGCCGUUCUCGUUCUAGAGACAUUCACGUACCGUAUUAGCGUUCUGAGCUGACGCAAAUUUCAGCAUAUCGUCGUUACAAUCCUUUCGUGAAUUACGAGCGCAAAAAACGCGAAUUUCGUGCUUGUCGUCGUCGUCGUCGUCGUCGUCGUCGUCGUAAUAGUCGCCGUUGGGUCGAUCAUUUUGUUCUCCUUCGCUCGAUCACGACGACAAAACUUUCCUCAAACUUGCACGAUUUUUCCUCCAAAAUAAUAUCUUACUUUUCGUACCUAAACCGAAUGAUAAUAAACAACUGUCAACUCGCAACAGUUAUUACUAGUCGUUAAAAAGUUUAUCGUUACAUCGCCGUAUGAGUUGCGAGAGAGAAUAUACAUAUACUUGCAAAAUAACACGCGUCCGUGUAUUCCCAUAGGUCCCAGGACGCGAAAGUGCCAAUGAAAAUUCUAUCCCGCAUUUUGACGGCCAUUUUUCAAACUAACCAUAUUAUAAUAUAUAUAUAUAUACGGAGGAAUAUUUCGUAAAAGAAACAAUGGAAACGAAUAAUGGGGAAAAAACAAACAAAAAGGUAUGAUGCACGGAUUCUUGCUCACAGUUAUAAAAAAAAAAAAAAAAAUUAAUUAAUGGACGUUCGUGUUCGGUGAGGACUAAUGCAAAUUUUUAAAUAUAUAAAUAUAUAUAUAUAUAUAUAAAUAUAAAUAUAAAUAUAAAUAUAAAUAAUAAAUUAUAUAUAUAUAUAAAUAAAAUAACAAAGUUAUAUCAGAUUUUAUUAAGGAACAUUGUUAAGAUGACUCGCGACGGAACCGACAGGGAGAAAAUGAGAAUCCACAUUAAGUAUUUUGAAUCUUUUUUUCAAUUCUUUUAUUCUUCUUCUUCUUUUUUCUUUUAUUAUUAUUUUCUCGUCAAAUUUAGAUUUAAGUUUAACCGCGCUGGUAAUCUAUUUUCUCUUAUCUGUCGGUUAUUAUAUCUGACUUUUUUUUCUGUUGUUUUCUUUUUUUAUUUCUUUUAAUUCUACAUUCUCUUUCGUAUUUUUGUUCUCUUUUUCUUUCUCUUUGUUAAAUCCUGCCUUCGGUAAGAAUCAAUAAUAGAAAAAAUGUGACAAUCUCAACUAACCAAACUUCUUCCCAUCUGGACUAUCCACUGCCGUGGUGGUGGUUGGUAGCUUCAUAAAAAGCUAAAUGAAUUCUCGAUAAAGUCGUAAAUCCUUUCUAUCCGUUGGUACGCGCGGGUCCGGCAUAAGCCGUUGUUAUUUUCUCGUUAGGAUACGUCCAUGGAAAAGGCAAACUGAGGUGAGGAGGUGGUGGAGGAGAGUAAUGGCGAGUUGAGGAAGCAGCCCGAUGCUAAAGUUUAUCGCGAAAUAAUAAUAUCAUAAAAGUUCGUUA